CUCUCCUAUUCCUGAUGGCAUACAGGGUUUGGGAUUGCAGGAGGGAGAUGUCUCACAGCCUGACAUAAAAAAACACCCUCUUAGAGAACAACAACAGCAUCCAUCGUGCAAAAAGAAGAGGAAUUCUAGUCUGCUUUUAGCUUGGCCGUUUCCAACUUUAGAGAUGGCUUGGGUAUGCAGUCACCAUGGGACCCCUGUGCCAGCAGUGAGUGUAGGAUUACUACUACUGAUGUGUGCAACACGGAUUGAACCAUACAGUACCCCUUAUACUGAGACAGACCGUGAUCAAUAUGACUCCAGAAAUCAGCACCAAACCGCAGACCAUCAGGACACCAGCAGGAUGAAAGAGUGUCAGCGAUGUUGUGACCCAGGAGAGGAGCCUCCCCAACAUGGCACCACUUACCCACAAUACCAGGUUGUUCCACAGAUAAACAUUACCAUCCUUAAAGGGGAAAAGGGAGAAAGCGGCCAGCGUGGACCCUAUGGCAAAGUAGGCAAGACAGGGCAGGGAGGCCCAAGAGGACCCAAUGGCUUAAAGGGCUCCAAGGGCAAUAUGGGAACCCCAGGAGAUCCCUGCAAAUCCUACUAUUCUGCCUUCUCUGUAGGCCGAAAGAAAGCCCUGCACAGCAACGACUACUACCAGACGAUGGUGUUUGACACAGAAUUAGUCAACCUCUAUGGGCAUUUUAACAUGUUUACAGGCAAAUUCUUUUGCUACGUGCCAGGAAUUUACUUCUUCAGCCUCAAUGUGCACACGUGGAACCAGAAGGAGACGUAUUUGCAUCUGAUGAAAAAUGAACAAGAGAUGGCCAUCCUGUAUGCACAGCCUAGUGACCGCUCUAUCAUGCAGAGCCAGAGCCUGAUGCUGGAUUUGGAGAGAGAUGAUGAAGUCUGGGUUCGCCUCUAUAAGGGCGAGAGAGAGAAUGCCAUCUUCAGUGAUGAUUUCGAUACAUAUAUCACAUUCAGUGGCUACCUCAUCAAACCCAAGAAUGAAGGUUAGCAGACCCAUGUACUGGCAGGUGUAAAGUACAGUACAUACCUUUGUAUAGAGCCAUGGACAUAACAGUUUAUUGCUUAUUUUAUAUUGGACCUUUAUUUAUAAAAAAAAAUGUUCCUUCUGGAUUUAUUUAAUCUGAGUAUAAAGUAUACAGCGACAGGGGAAUAUUAGGGGUGAUGGGAGUAUAAAGAUAAACCAAGGGCCGAAUAAAGUGUGGCUUAUGACCUCUAUUACUCUGUUAUACACCUCUUUUAUAUAAAAGAAUCAUUUUGUUAAGCUUAGCCACCAAAGAGAAUGGUGUUACUGCGGGUUUGUUUCACAGGUCAACGCAACACAGGUUUACGUGUCUUCAUUAUGGAUUUGGUGCCUCAUUUUACACUAGUUGAUGGGAUAUGUUGCAAAUGGUGCUCUGAUCAAGUACGAUGCAGUUCGAUGGUACUGUUGAACAAGCACAUAUUAUCUGUAAUAGAAUUCUAUAAUAAAUGUAUUUUUGUAUUAUUAAACAUUUCUUUUAUAGCAUUUUUUCCCCACUUAAAUAAUAGAAAAGAAUGCAAAUACACUGAGAUAAUUUCAGAAAAUACGAUGUAAAGAAGAAAUAUAAUUAAACUUAAGGUUAAAUUUUUUCAUGGUUUGUUACGUAAAGCUUCUUCAAAUCCUUCCUGAAAACUAAACUCUAUAAGAUGAGAGGACUCGGUUCUUGUGGCACUUUACAUGAAAUCCUUAAUAAAAGGCAAAGUGGAGGGCUCAGGAGGAGGCAUUUUUAUUGUCAACAGCUGUAAAUGUUCUUUUUCUCCUUGACAUUAAUGGAAAAUGACUCCAGGCCAGUUAUUUAAACAUCUCUUAAACUUUCCAAAUCCCAAAUAUAAUGCACAUGUUAAUGAUUAUGCAUAUUCAUUUGAUUAAAAUUUAAAUAAUUAAAUAAUGAAAACAGCAGGAAUUGACACUUUUAUAUAAACUGGUGUUAUGUACAGUACAGUAUGUUGGGGUGUCUUUAUUUUCACUGGCACGAGUGGGCUAUGAGCAAGUACACUUGACCCAGAUGAAUUCUUCCUGGCUGAGGUUUGUAGGUAUAUUAAAGUCUAAAUCCUUUACACCCUGUCUGCUUUAAGCCAGAUGACAACCAUCGCACUCUCAACAGCAAAUUCUUAACACACUUAUUUGAGAUGCAGACAUUUGCCUUUGACUUUAACUGCUGUAAGUACAGUACGGUAGCUUUAAUCCUGCCAUUAUUUUUGACAGAUUGAUAACAGUCAUUAAUGGCCAUUGUCAGUGUGUGUGGUGCGCUCACUUUCAGUUUUAUUACAGUCAUUAAGACAUAUAAUAUGAUAAUGCAUCACAGCUAUGCACAUAACACAUGACAAGUUUAAUAGCAUGUGGGUAAACAAAGCUGUGAUGGAGUCCAGAUGUCAAUGUGUUUGAUGCUAAUUCUGGCAUAAAAACUUACACACAUGAAACAAAAACAAACCAACUAUCAACAGCAUAUUUUGUUUUGUCUUAUUUUACCUUGAAUUAUUAUAAUUUUUUUUAUAUUAGGAGCGGUAGUCAGGCCCUCUUUACCAUGAUCAGAAGUCCUUUGUCACCCUCUUGUGGUUACUAAAUUGAUGACAACACAACACAAUUGUUUAGUGCAAGAUUUAAUAGUGUUGUGCUUGACUGAUCAGAUAAGCUAAAAGGCUACUAAUGGUACACCUAGUCACAACAAACACAUAUACCUUUUUACGUUAUUAAAUACCAGACUCAACACAACUGUUCAUUCAUUCUUCCACUUAUCAUACACAGGAUUAGGGUAGAUCUGAAGUCUCCUGGGAAUACUGGACAUGAGGUGGGAAUACACCGUAGAUGAGAUUCCAGCAAGGGUAUAAAUACCUCUGUAAUUAUUAAUACGUUUAAGGAAUAUUUUGAGGUGCUUAUGAUCUAUUUGUGCUUUGUUAAAAUGCUUAAGGACUCCUGGUUUACCUUCUACACUU